AUGACAGGGUCUCGCAGGAGGACAGGAUCGCAUACAGGAGGCCAGGGUCACACAUUAGGUCAGGGUCUCACAGGAGGGCAGGAACGAUACACUGCAGGAGACCACACACAGGAGGCCAGGAUGGCCACUCCCACGCUCCUCACAGCUGAGGGCUCUGAGGGCACUCAGCCCGGGCGGUCAGCCGCUACUCGGAGGAAGCAGCCGGGUUCCGAACGGGUCUCCCGGCCAGGCCCACUUCCGGGCGGGGGCUCGGUUCUGAGCCCGGCCCGCGCCGGGGGCCCUUUCCGGGGUGCCGGCAGGGCCUUCUCCCCACACCUGCACGCGUGUGUCAGUUACUUGAUGCGUUUUACACGCGCGGCCGGGCUGACACAGCACGACGAGCCCUAG